UGUCGAAAGGAUAAUCUUGCUAAAUUUCGACCCCUAAGCACAUCGAUGGAAAUACCGCAUGGAAGAUUGUAAUAGAUUGACCGCCAAAUGAAAAUUGGGAGAGAGAGAGAGAGCGGGAGUUCGAAAAUCUUUAUUACAAAUUUGGUGCUGAGAGAGUCUCAUAUAAGGGCAGCUGCGAUGCACAGAUAAAUCUUUUCCGGCGCAGAUUAAGGCAGCUCUACAGUUCCCUCCCGCCGUUCCUCCGCCACUGAGAGGCCCCUCUAAUGGCCGUCGAACCCCAUCAGAAAACAACUCUCUAUGUAGGUGGUCUUGCAGAAGAGGUGAACGAGGCAAUUCUACACGCUGCAUUCAUACCUUUUGGUGACAUAAAGGAUGUGGUGACGCCAUUAGAUCAGGCGACCCAGAAGCACAGGUCAUUUGGGUUUGUUACUUUCCUUGAGAAGGAGGAUGCAGCUGCUGCAAUGGACAACAUGAACAAUGCUGAGCUCUAUGGAAGGGUCCUCACUGUGAACUAUGCACAACCCAUCAGGAUUAAGGGUGGUGAACAGGGCUGGGCUUCUCAGCCUAUUUGGGCAGAUGCUGAUACUUGGUUCGAGCGCCAGCAAAGAGAGGAAGAGAUGAAAAAGUUAGAAGCUGAAAACCAUGCUGCUUUGAGAGCUGCAGAGGAAGCAAGAAGAAAAAAGCUGGCUGAGGAGCGGGAAGGUGAGAAAGAAGAACCAGAAGUGAAGAAUGACCCAAUGGCGAUGGCAGAGGCUGAGGUUCUACAACAGAACAGCUAGUUUGUUCGGCUUUUAGUGCUUAAUAGUGUUAAGCAUGUCUUGUUUGUUUAAAAUGCAAGACAAGUUGCACACUUUGUAUCCAAGUAUUUACCAUCAGAGGCCCUUUUGACUUGUUUGAGAUGAAAAAAUGAGCAAGAUGUUAACUUCUGGAAAUUAGUCUUCA